AUGUCCGUCCCGAUCCUGCACGACCAGCCUGGCGGCGAGCAAGUGCAGCUGAGUAUCGUCAAGAUGCCUGCCAAGGGCCAGCGGAUCGGCAACCUGUUCAUCAACCCAGGCGGUCCGGGUGCUCCUGCGUCGACGCAGAUCCUGAACUUUGCUACUGGUGGCCUUCCGAUCGGGCAAGCGAUGGCCAACAAUUUCGAUAUCAUUGCCAUGGAUCCUCGUGGCGUGGGAAUGAGCACACCGUCGAGGUGCGAUACCACGAUCGGGAACGAGCCGAGCGAGUUUGAAGUCACCACCGACGCAGGGCUUCAGCAGCAGAUAGACUACAACCAGAAGCUGGGGGCGAGUUGUAGGGCUCUGAUGGGCACGCUGUUUGAUAACAUGGACACCAUUGCCGUGGCCAAGGACAUGGAGCUUGUGCGAGUGGCAAUCGGCGACGAGCCCAUGAGCUACUUUGGCCAGUCGUACGGGACGCAGCUCGGGGCACAGUACGCCCAGCUGUUCCCCAGCAAGGUGCGAGCGAUGGCCCUGGACGGGGUCCUUCAGCACACGGGCGACUACGCCUCCAACGUGCUGAUCCAGACCAAAGCCCUGGACGCAGCCAUCCAGGAGUUCUUCAACCGCUGCGAGAAGAACACGACAGACUGCGGAGCCCAGGGGCCACAGAUGCGCCAACUUUGGGCCAACGUGGUAGACAAGGCCGCGACGGGCACGCUGCAGGCGCCCGGGUGCGACGACACGACGCAGACGGGCUGCCUCCGGAACGUCUCGGUACAGGACCUCCUCGGCACGGCGCGGGGGCUGACCGAGUCGCCGGGCGGGCAGCGGCGGCUGGCGCGGAUCCUGGCGCUGUCGGGGACGGGCAACGCCUCGUUCGCCGACUCGUUCGCGCCAGGCCUGCUGAGCGGUGACGUUUUCAGCGACAGCUCGUCCUUCUCCAUCGGCAACGUGCAGUGCCAGGACGGGCACUUUGUCGACGCCACGCUGGCGCCGUCGCCCGUGGGCCAGGUGCAGGAGCUGGCGGCCAUGACGCGCAACGCGACGGUGACGCCCGGGAUGGGCGAGUUCUUCCGCCGUACUAUCGGGUGCACGGGGUGGCCGGUCAAGAUCACGAACCCGCGCAAGGCGCUGGACGUCUCGGGCACGCAGAACCCGGUGCUGCUGGUGCACACCACCUUCGACCCGGCCACGAGCCCCGAGUACGCGCAGGGCAUGCUCAAGGAGAUCCAGGGCAGCGUGCUGCUGGUGAGGGACGGGCUGGGACACACGAGCUAUUUCAAUGCCGGGGCGACGGCGGCGGCGAUGGAUGCGUAUCUGGUUAACCUUACCAUGCCGGCAGUUGGGACGGUAUUGGCCAGCUGA